AUGACUACUGACGAACAAAUCAUUAAAAAACAAAAAUUAGAAUCAACAAUGUCUGAAUUAAAAGUUUACUUACGUUCUGAAAAAGCUAAAGUUCCAACUAAAGGAUCUGCUCUAGCUGCAGGUUAUGAUUUAUAUUCAUCUGAAGAAGCAAUUAUUCCAGCUCAUGGACAAGGUUUAGUUUCAACAGAUAUUUCAAUUAUUGUUCCUGUAGGGACUUAUGGUAGAGUUGCUCCACGUUCUGGAUUAGCUGUUAAACAUGGUAUUUCUACUGGUGCUGGUGUUAUUGAUGCUGAUUAUCGUGGUGAAGUUAAAGUUGUUUUAUUUAAUCAUAGUGAAAAAGAUUUUGAAAUUAAACAAGGUGAUAGAAUUGCUCAAUUGGUUUUAGAACAAAUCAUUAAUGCUGAUAUUAAAGAAAUAACUCUUGAAGAAUUAGAUAACACUGAAAGAGGUGAAGGUGGAUUUGGAUCUACUGGUAAAAACUAA